ACUUCCGGUAGGGUGACCUUGCCCGGGGAGAUUGAAAUGGCGGCUGUUGUCAAGCAAACUCUGAUCUGCGGACGCGGCUUUAAGCCAAUGAUCUUCAGUAGAUCAUUAGUGGUUGGACCUCUUCUUGCUUCCAGAAAGAUUCAUCAGCCUCCAGUGCUUCUGACAUCACAGAUUCAUACGUCUCCCAGCCAUUUGACUGGUUCAAAAGCUGCGUCUCUACAUUGGACAAGUGAGAGGAUACUAAGUGUCACCUUAUUGGGCCUUAUACCUUCUGCCUAUUUCUACCCGGGAACUGUCAUGGAUUACUCAUUGGCUGCAGCUGUUACGCUCCAUAGUCAUUGGGGUCUUGGGCAAAUACUUACAGAUUACGUACACGGAGACACCAAGGUGAAACUGGCCAAGGCAGGCCUCCAUGUCCUAUCAGCGGUCACUUUUGCUGGCCUGUGCUACUUCAAUUACCAUGAUGUGGGAAUCUGCAGGGCUGUUGCAAUGCUCUGGAGCCUCUAACAUUAAUUAAUUGUGGUACUGUACUCUCAGCUGAACCAUUUCUGGGCUCACUUUGAUUUUUGAAAUGAAUAUAUGUACACAUCCUAUAUAUUUAAUUUUCUUGGCAAAUCACGUUAAUUAUUUCUUUAAAAAGAGCUGACAGAAUGGAAACAUUGUUUGAAUGUAUCUUUGAAACCUUUAUUUACACUGAUUGUAGAUGUUGCCUUAUGCCAACCAGUCAUACCACCAGCCUUGUAAAUAAAUUGUACUUCUGUUUUUUC